GCUAGUUUUAGAGACAUGCUGCAUGCUCCUCCUCCCCUGAAACCUGGGAAGGGUGGAUCUUCUUUCACUCAGAGAGAGAGACUUCUCACUGCUCAAAAAAAUCCCGUUUCUCCGGAAGUCAAACUUUAUUUACAACGACGCAAAAACCGUGAAAGCCCUUCAGCUGCCAGGUCCAACAUGAUGCUUCCUCAAGCCCUGCUGUUUUUAAUCUUCCUCUCUGAACCACUGGCCUGCCAUGCAUUCAAGAUUUGUGCUUUCAAUAGUCUCCGUCUUGGAGACUCAAAAACAAAAGAUGGUAAAAUUUUGAACAUCAUAACACAGAUCGUGUCACGCUGUGAUGUGUGUUUGCUUCAAGAGGUCAGAGAUCGGAAGAAAGUAGUCGUUCCACGUCUGCUUAAUAAGCUCAAUAAAUAUGAACGGGAUCACCAUUAUGACGCUGUGUCCAGUGAACGUCUUGGCAGGACAGAAGCCUAUCAAGAGCAAUAUGUUUUUGUAUUCAGAACUGACUCAGUCAGGCUAAUAGACCAGUAUCAGUACCCAGACACACAGGAAGGAGAUGAGGAUGCUUUUGCCAGGGAGCCUUUUGUAGUACACUUCCAAGCACCUAAAACUGUGAUUGGGAAGUUUGUUCUGAUCCCAAUGCACACCUCUCCUAGUAAUGCCACCAAAGAGAUUGAUGAACUCUAUGAUGUCUUUGAGGAUGUUAGACAGAGGUGGAACACAGAGGACAUAAUGUUCCUUGGUGACUUCAAUGCAGCUUGUGGAUACGUGGCCAAGAAAAACAGGAAGAAUAUAAGACUCUACUCUGACAUUUUCAGCUGGCUGAUAGAUGACGAACAGGACACUACAGUAAGAGAGACCACUGACUGUGCAUAUGACAGGAUAGUCGUGCACGGAGAUUCCUUACUCAGAGCUAUUGUGCCACUCUCAGCACGACCAUUUAAUUUUGCCAAUGCAUACCGGAUUAGGGAGGAAGAGGCUUUACGUGUGAGUGACCACUAUCCUGUAGAGGUGGACCUGAAGAUCAAGUCAGGAAGUGAGCAGGGAAGCAUAAUAUUGUUCCAAUUAACUCUUGGCCUUCCCCUGCUACUCCAACUGACAUGACACCAGAGUGGCAAUGGACCCUUUUUUUUUAGUCAGUAAGGUUGGCGUACAAGUGUAUGUACUGAUGCCAAUAUUUUAAUAUCAUUUUAAGCUAAAGCUGCACAAGAUUGUAGUGGGUUUCUUGGCAAUAAUGUGAUGCACAUUAUUGUGCUGUUUAAAUCAAGGAGGUUGCAAGUAGUAAAUGGGUUUAUUAACCACUGAAAAACAUCAGUAUUUAGCCAAUGUUUUUAAUCUGCUAUCACAAUGUUAUUUCAUGCGACACAAUCCUAUUUCUUCUAGAUUGGGAUGUGUAAUUUAAGGUUAUUAGCUGCUAAUGAAUCUGCUCUUUUGCCACUUUUUUAUUUGGAUUUUAUGUUUGUAAAUGGCACAUUCAAAGUUCUUGGACAAAAAAUAUAUAUAUAUAUAUUAGUUUGAGGAUUUAACUUUGUUAGUAGGUUGCAUGUCUGUCUGGAUGACUCUCACCCUUUUGUUAGACUCCAAGGUCACCUUCUGUUGUUCGUCAAGGCAAAACAAUGCUGGCAUGGCAUAGUGUCAUCUGUGCUGGACUUUUUUUUUUUAAUUUGGUGGUGUCCUUAUCUGACACAACAGAUGCUGCUAGUAAGGUGAGGGGAAGCAUAGCCAAUUAUUAGGAAAGAAACUACAUGACUUUAAAUCUCAGGGAAGCAAUCCUUCUAUUGUUCAUUGGGACUGUUGUUUGUGGUCUUUUUUUGUGUUCCAUUAUGCUUGUUGAACAGUCACACAGAUUUGGCCCCUAUAGUUGUCAUUCUGGAACAUGGGAGUGGCAGUAGUUUUCCGCAAAAUAGAAGUGAUUACAAAAAAAAACUCCACCCACAUACAAUCAUCUAAUCUAACUGCAAACUCUAUUUCCAUUGAAUGCUGUUAUGCAAUUAAAGCUGGGUUUUUUCCAGAAA